AGAUCAUGAAAACCCAAAAAUAUAUGCAUCCCUAAACCCUCUAUUGGCUUCAGACCAAACUGAUAUCUCCUUCCUGCUUUUUCCAAAACCCAAUUUCGACAUUCCCAUCUUCUUCAAAACCUCCCACCCUUUCCUCUCUGCAAGUUUCAAGCUUUGUUUGUGUAUCAGUAGAGUCUCCAGAAAAAAGGGAUCAUGAGGAUUAUUGAUUUUCACCUGAAGCUCAAGGUGUGUCGAAUUCGGCGCUUUCUGACUGGAAACUUCAGAAGCAAGAAAAGGAAAUUUCAGGUGGGAAGGAAGCCUGCAUGGAUGAUGCAGCUAUCACAUGGCCAUUUCGUUCACGAAAAAAAGGACGGUUCGGACUCGGACUCAGUCGUCAUCCAAAGGGAGCAAAUUCAAGGGCUCGAGCUGUGGCUUUUUGGGGUUUUUGAUGCGCAAAUAGGAGACAGGGUCGCCAAGUACUUGCAGUCACAUUUGUUUGACAAGAAGCCAAAUGAGUCACAGAUAGUGAGGAAGACUGAAGAGAUGACGAGAAAAGCGUACCUCAGUGCUCGGGCUAAGAUAAGGGUAAGCGAGAAGAAGAAGAUGGAUGGGGAGGCGCUGAUGAAAGCGGGUUCGGCGUCGGUGAUGGUCGUGAAUGGAGAAAAGCUCGUGACAGGUAACAUGGGUGAGUAUAGAGCAGUUGUUUGCAGGAAUGGCGUGGCCAAGCAGACCACAAGCAAGCACCAGCAGUCGCCCAAAAGGCAUUGGAUUCAAAGAUUCAUCCCAGGUCGGAUGUUGGCAUGGAAUUCUAGCAGGGAAGAUGCCUCGAAUCAGUCUAAAAGCUCCAAGCUCAGGAUCGGCGUUGAGAGGAUUGACACGAACACCGAAUUCGUCAUACUGGCAAGCUCCGGCAUAUGGGAGGUGAUGAAUAAUCAAGAAGCUGUGAAUCUGGUCAGGCACAUGGAAAGCCCACAAGAAGCAUCUGAGUGCCUGGCAAAGGAGGCCCUGGCCAGGAUGAGCAGAGGCAGCAUUUCUUGCUUGGUGGUUCGCUUCGAAGACGUGUAGAAUUUGUCAAAGUCCUAGUUGAAGAUGAUUUUGAGUUUGUGAUGAAACUUCUCUGACGAUGUGAGAAGCAAUCUUGUUUCAGAGUUAAUUUUUCCGGGCCGAUUAUUGCUUCGAACUCUACCAUCUUGUAGAUACAGAUGGAAGGCAAAAAGGUGAUAAUGCUCGGCUCAACGCAGCUACGGUACAAAAUGGUUUUGAUAUGAGUAAUGAGGCAUCGUUUCAUUUAGAUUAAGCAAUCAAAAGGCUCAAA